UGAACUUCGAACCAGAAGCGGACUUCAGCGUCGUCACUCGGACCUGCAGCUGCCGCCAUCAGCGGACUCAGCCUCCAGCUAGCGUCAUGCUAUCACGAUCCCGAUGUGUUUACCGGACGCUCGGCCGCUCCCUGUCAGCGGUGAGCCAGGCCAAUAAUGUGCUGGUUCGACAAAGUGUAUCAGGCCUCUCUGUCUGCAGCCGCCUAGUUUAUUCUCAGCCAUGUGAAUUUCCAUCAUCAGCGAGUGUCUUCCACAUCAGAUACUUCAAGACAUCUGCUGUUCACAGGGAUGAAGUUGUCACAGUCAAAACUCCUGCGUUUGCAGAAUCUGUAACAGAGGGGGAUGUGAGGUGGGAGAAAGCUGUGGGUGACUCGGUAACAGAAGAUGAGGUGGUUUGUGAAAUUGAAACUGACAAGACGUCAGUACAAGUCCCUGCUCCAGCAGCUGGUGUAAUUGAGGAACUGCUGGUGCCAGAUGGAGGGAAGGUAGAAGGAGGAACGCCACUCUUCAAACUCCGGAAAGGAGCUGCUGCCGCCAAAGCUGCUCCCUCCCCGGCUGCAGAAGCACCCGCUGCUGCUGCUGCAGCCCCUCCACCACCACCACCACCUCCUCCUCCAGCUUCAAUCCCCACUGCCAUGCCUCCAGUGCCCCCAGUGCCAGCACAGGCUGUCCACGCCAAACCUGUUUCUGCUGUCCAGCCGACUGCUGCAGCUUCAGCUCCUCCAGCGGCAGUAGGAGCAAGAGGAGAGAACAGGGUGAAGAUGAAUCGUAUGAGGUUGAGAAUCGCCCAGAGGCUGAAGGAGGCUCAGAACACCUGCGCCAUGCUGACCACCUUCAAUGAGGUGGACAUGAGCAACAUUCAAGAGAUGAGAAAAAUCCAUAAGGAUGCUUUCUUAAAGAAGCAUAACAUCAAACUGGGUUUUAUGUCAGCAUUUGUGAAGGCUGCAGCUCAUGCUCUGAAUGAUCAGCCUGCUGUGAAUGCUGUUAUUGAUGAUACAACGAAAGAGAUUGUCUACAGGGACUAUGUAGACAUUAGUGUCGCUGUGGCAACUCCAAAGGGACUUGUUGUACCAGUGAUCCGUAAUGUGGAGACCAUGAACUUUGCUGACAUCGAGAAAGCCAUCAAUGCAUUGGGAGAGAAGGCUCGUAAAAACGAGCUCGCUGUUGAAGAUAUGGAUGGAGGCACGUUCACCAUCAGCAAUGGCGGCGUGUUUGGCUCCAUGUUUGGCACACCCAUCAUCAACCCCCCGCAGUCUGCCAUCCUGGGCAUGCAUGGCAUUUUUGACCGACCUGUGGCCAUCAACGGCAAGGCUGAGAUCCGACCCAUGAUGUACGUGGCUCUGACAUACGACCACCGACUCGUUGAUGGCAGAGAGGCGGUCACUUUCUUACGCAAGAUCAAAGCGGUUGUAGAAGAUCCACGAACACUGCUUCUGGACAUGUGAUUUUUUUCCCUUUACCACUAUACUCCAUUUAAAGAAUAGCUCAGCUGCAUAAAAAUGAACUCCACCUCACAGAAAACGCACAAAAUCACUACCAAACUACUGUUGUCUUUUUAAUUGUUCAUUCAGAUUGUCGUGGGGUAUUAAGGUUGUGUUCUUACACUUGUGGAGCUUAAAUAUGUGGUAUUAUCUGAAGGGAGUUACUUGAAAUAUCCUCAGUCCAAGGAAAGUGCUAUAUGUGGGCUUUGGCUAAGUCAACAGAGCAAAAAGAUUGCUUGCCAUCAAUCGUUAAUCAUAAUCGUUUUGCGACAAAUUAAUUUUGUAAGGAGACAAGUCACAUUUACAACAUGCAAUUUACACCUCUUACGACAAAAAUUAGCUUUCACUGCAACCUUCUCACUUGUGUCAUGAACCAAAAGGGUUUUUCCACGCAACAGUUGGCUGCAUGACAUUCUCCCCUGCUCGUUAGUUGGUGCUGCUGAGCCACUUUUUCCACAGCAGGGCCAAGCGGAGCUCUCCCAAAUUAGUUCAAGAUGUUUUAAUGUUAACAGAGGAUUGGAAGAAUUCAUUGGUUUACUGCUUGUCACAGUUACUAGCAACAAUCUGGAAAAAAGAAUCAGUGACCAAGAAACCACGUAUACCACUGCCAUGCCUUUAAAUCCACGUCGACUGUCUGAGGAACUUGUGUUUGGAGGUCGGUUCAGUUAUAUUUCUGCUUUGCACACUCAUCCACGUUCUGUCGUCUUUUUGGUUUUGUUUAAAACCUGCUUUGCUGUUGUUUGCAGAUUCAUUGACCAUCAAAAUCUCAAAAAUGUUGAUCAAACUCUAAGGAGCUUUUAGAGGAACAGACAUGAAUUUACUGUUCUUAAAUAGAAAAGGUACAAAACACAAGACCAGACACUAUUUGUUAUACUUUCAUACACAACACACACACUUGUACACUUUAUGGGCAGAUUGUUGGGGGUAAUGUUCAAAGCGCACAAUUUGGCAGCAAAUGAUGGAAGAGAUUUUCUUUGUGCUAUCCUAUAUAUAAAAUACUUGUAUCUAUUUAACAAAGCUAUUUUAAACAUUAAACAUCUCAAGAGUUUUAUGUACUGAAA